AGGUAACCCAGGGCAGAGUGGUGGAUAGAUUGCAGAGGGUGCAUCUGGCAGCCGGCAGACUAGUGAGGAGGCGGGUCCCUGUCUGAGGAGCAAGCUGUCAUGGCCUGGGGAAGGACGUUGUGGACUAGGAUGCCCAAGCCCGAGAAUGCGGUCACCAUCGCUGUGUCCUCCCGGGCUUUGUUCCGCAUGGACGAGGAGCAGCGGAUCUACAUGGAGCAGGGCGUGGAGGAGUACGUGCGCUACCAACUGGAGCAUGAGAAUGAACCGUUCAGCCCGGGGCCGGCCUUCCCCUUCGUGAAGGCUCUGGAGGCUGUGAACAGGCGGCUUCGGGAACUGUACCCUGACAGUGAGGACAUCUUUGACAUCGUCCUUGUAACCAACAACCACGCUCAAGUGGGUGUCCGUCUCAUCAACAGCAUCAAUCACUAUGACCUGUUCAUCGAGAGGUUCUGCAUGACAGGUGGGAAUAGCCCUAUCUGCUACCUCAAGGCCUAUCACACCAACCUCUACUUGUCGGCUGAUGCAGAAAAAGUUCAAGAAGCCAUUGAUGAAGGGAUCGCAGCGGCCACCAUCUUCAGCCCCAGCAGGGACAUGGCCGUGUCCCAGAGUCAGCUGCGCGUGGCCUUCGAUGGGGAUGCCGUGCUCUUCUCAGACGAGUCCGAGCGCAUUGUCAAGGCCCACGGGCUGGACAGGUUCUUCGAGCACGAGAAGGCCCAUGAGAACAAACCCUUGGCCCAGGGACCUUUAAAGGGCUUUCUGGAGGCUCUGGGUAGGCUGCAGAAGAAAUUCUACUCCAAGGGCCUGCGGCUGGAGUGCCCAAUCCGCACCUACUUGGUGACCGCACGCAGCGCAGCCAGUUCUGGGGCCCGGGCUCUCAAGACCCUGCGCAGCUGGGGCCUGGAGACAGACGAAGCCCUGUUCCUGGCGGGCGCGCCCAAGGGCCCCAUGCUCGAGAAGAUCCGCCCACACAUCUUCUUUGAUGACCAGAUGUUCCAUGUGGCUGGGGCUCAGGAAAUGGGCACAGUGGCGGCCCACGUGCCUUACGGUGUGGCCCAGACAGUCCGGCGGAGUGUACCUGUGAAGCAGGCCCCAGCUGCACAGUAGCUGAGCCACCAGCUUCCCUGACCCAUAGUGCUCCAGGCACAGCUCCCUGUCAUACUGCAACACGUCGCCCAGUGGACCCUUCUAGUCCCCUACACGCUGCCUUGUUGCAUGCCUGCCCUCAUCCCCAUCAGCGCACUAGUGGGCAAUUAUGCAGACUGGGCUGGCAUUCUCAUCAGCCCUUAUUUUGGGUCAACACUGUGCCAUGGUGCUGGCUAGGAAAGUAAGACCACGGCUGGAUUUCCAGGGGAGGUUGAAGGGACUGGGGUUGGGA